AUGUCUAUCGCUAAAAUCUCUGCUCUUCUAGCCACCGUUGCCUCUUUGGCCGCUGCCAUCAACGAUUACGAAGUCGCUGAAUUUAACGCCAUUUUGGUCGAUGUCAAGGCCAACUUGAUGCAAUACAUAUCGUUGGCUGAAAACAACCCAGACUUCACCCUUCCAGACGGUGUUUUGGACGUCUACACUCAAUUGACCACCUACACUGACGAGUCUUACACCUCUCUAUUCACUGCCAUCGACUUUGACCAAGUUACCACCGUCAUGCACCAAGUCCCAUGGUACUCCAGCAGAUUGAUCCCAAUCAUGUCUUCUUACAUGGCUGCUCACAGUAUCACUGAAACUGCCGACCCAGCUGUUAAUGGCGCUGCCACCACUGGUGCCGACUCUGCCACCGCCUCUGCCACCGCCUCCGCAGUUUCUUCUGCCGCUUCUUCCGCUGCUUCCUCCGUCUCUUCUGAAGAAUCUUCUUCUAGAGCUUCUUCUUCUUCUGUUGCCUCAUCCGCUGCUUCUUCUUCUUCUUCUGCUGCCUCCUCCGCUGCUUCUUCUGUGUCUUCUGCUGCCUCCUCCGCUGCUUCUUCAGUGUCUUCAGCUGCUUCUUCCUCUUCUAGAGCUUCUUCUUCUAGAGCUGCUGCCGCCAACGUCAACGCCUUUUCCGCUGGUGUCGGUGCUGUCGUCGCUGGUGCCGCUGCUUUGUUGUUGUAA